AUGAAGCUAUGGCAGCCUAACAUUCUCAUGAACCUCAAUCCUGACUUCGGCCAAAACCAACUCCCCCCACCUCCGAGCUCACUCAUGGAGUCGUGGAGCAGUGGAGCAGUUGUGCAAGGGAUCUUGUUGAUCCCGAACCAGGCCCUGGCAGCCAAACAUUUGAAUCGCUUCUCUGUACGGAGUAGUUCGAGCCAACUGGCGAUGAAAUCCACGGAUGUUGAAGUGCUUCUAUUUCUGGAGGGCUGUCCUCUGCAUCACGGCCUGCAUGGUCCCCAUGGCCAGCAAAUCAACAUCUUCCAUAAGCGCCCAGUUUUUGGUGGCUGGAAUGAUGUUGGAAUGGCGUUGGACCGACUUCUGAGACUAGGCAAGGAUCUGUCUUCACCUUCAACCCACCUUGUGAAGGGUCGAAUCAGCAACACGCAACACAACAGAGGAGUUCCAACUUACACCAAGAGGUCGAGAUCGCCCAAUCAUUUCUCUGCCUGGUGA